AUGGCCGAGAACCCUGGAGCUGCACAGCCCUCCUCACAACUUCCUCUUCAGCAGGGUAUGAGCCCAACGCCUUUUGUGGAUGGGGAACAACAAGGACCUGAUUACUCCCGUCUGGAAACCCCGCAACUCCGUGGAGAAGAUGGAAGGCAGCACGAUGCUGCAGCAAGACCCAAUGGCGUGAUGCCUCGAAGUCAGGUGCCAGGGUCUGUUGGAGGUGCGGCAGCAGCGUCUGGAAUAGAUGAAGAUGGGCCGCGAGGGCACGAUCAUGAUCGUGAAGUGCGUGUCAUGACUGGCAGAGCGGACAACCAGAUGAUACAAGAUCCCCUUCAGGGGGAAACCGGACCCGCGUCGUCAGUGCAUGAGUUAACCGCACAUGGGCGCGACGGUACGAUGUUUGACAGGAGCGGCGCCCCGCUCUUUGAGGGGUUCUCCCCUUCGCCUCUACCAGGCCAGAGUCCUAUGACCGUUCCGGCGAGUUCUACGGGGAGGCCUUCGACCUGGUUCACGAGACUGGGCGACUAUAUUCAGAGAAGAGUGGAGGUGACAGCGUGGUCUACGCCGCCACAUGGAGCGACUACACUGCACGGCACGGCAUGGCCACGUCCGGAUGCAGGUGUGAUGAUGAGUUCUUCGACGCACAUGCAGGCUGCAGCUACUCCUCCUGGACGCAAUGCGGAUUCAGUUUCCAGUGGCUCGGCGGGUGUAUCUGCUGAGUUGGUUCAGGCUGAAGUGGCAAGACAGCUGGAAUCGGCUGUGGGAGGCAUUAUGGACCGCCUCCAUCAAGAACGGCAGCGUACCGAGGAAGCAACCUUGGAAGCUCAGCGCCUCAGACAGCAGUUGGAAGUUCAGGAACUACAUGUUCACCGGCUGCGCCAUUCUCUACCUCCAGGGCCUCUUUCGGGGGUUCGGGAAGGAGAUGAGGACCUUCGGCACUGCAAGAUCGUCUGCCACCUCGAGAUACCGAACGUGGCGGGGGUCAUGCUUCUGAAGUUCCAGGUCUUAGUGGGCUUCAAGGGCAACAGCUUCGGGAUGCUUCUUCUUCGGCGGGCUAUGGUGUUGGUAGUGGAGAUGUGUUGGGUGUUCAACCCAGAGUUUCAGCAGAACAAUCACUACCUGGACUAUUUGGACUUGGCAGUGGGGGUAGAGAUGAUCAGGCCACCUUUGCAACCGCCUCCUAUGACUCCCACUCCAAUGCCUCCGUCGUUGUCUGCUGGCCCAGGGAGCGCCGAUUCGAACUUGCUGGCCACGUUGGCAAAGGGCAUCGAGGCACUCUUGGUUCAGCAGCAGUCGACAAAGUCUGACAAGCCAGAAGCUGUGAAGCCUGGAAUCAAUGAGCUACCAGCACUUCCUGAGUACCAGCCGCUGACGGGGUCGAUAGACUUGCUGCACUGGAUAACGCAUAUCGGGCCGAUCAUGGAGGAUCUUUCUGAUACGAGUUCGAUCUGGUGGCAGGCUACGAUGAAGGCGGCGCUCAGUUGGUACGACCGCUACAGUUCUUCGGCUCCUUUGGCAAGGUUGCAGCUGACCCCUGAAGCUUCAAGCGAGCUGCAGCGGCCGGAGUGGGCUCGCGUGGAACGGAGGGCUACGGCGAUGAUGCUCAGUGCAGUGCCCCGCGGAGUACGGGAAGAGGUUAUAGCUCAUGGGCAUGUGUCGUCGCUGUGCUUGUUGUGCAAGCUGUAUGCUGUGUACCAGCCCGGCAACUUGCAGGAGAAGGCCCUGGUGCUCAAGAUGCUGGAGCAGCCGGAUGAGUGCAGCACGGCACUAGGGGCGGUGGAAGGCCUCAGAAAGUGGAGUUUGUGGAGAAAGAGGGCGAUGUCGAUUGGAAUGGCGGAGCCGGAUGCCUCAGUACUCCUGAAGGGCUUGGACAAGAUUACAGGGCCCAUUGUGAGGGCCAACUAUGAGCUCUCGUUCAGAGUGAGUUUGAUCCGGAGCACCUUGCAGGUGGAUGUAAGUCCAAGCGCCACGACGGUGACCACUUUUCUUCAGCACCUCCAGGCGGAGAUGGAACAGCAGGACGGAAGAGGCUGCGUGGCCGAGUACAACCACGACUUCGGCGCCUACGGGCCUCUCGGUCUAAGCGAUGUCUUUGCUGCGGAGGAGUCGGGCACCGAGCGCGAGAGUGUAAGGCACCUGGAGGCGGACAGGCGCGUGAACUUUGAUCCAGGCGAGAUUCAGGCUAAGGUCCUCCAAGUGAUGAACGAGAUCAGCCACCUGCCUGUGUUUGCUCGCGAUGUUCAUGUGCAGUUGGCGGGUGAUGCUGUGACCGCGAUGAAGCAAACGCUGAGUGGAAGCCUGCUUAGCUCGGAGGAACUGGCCCAGGUGAUUGUCCCGCUGGGCAAGGUGAUCUCGAACCUCGGGUACAAGCUCGAUUGGACAGCUGAGCACUGCGUUCUACAUGGUGAAGAUGGAGAGCAGAUCCCCUUGCAGGUGACCAACGGCUGUCCGGAGGUGAGCGAAGCGGUUGCCCAACGGCUUAUCCACCGCUUGGAGACCCAGAAGCUACCGGAGCUUCAGGAGAGUACGCAGGCUUCGGCGAAGAUGUUGAAGAAGCUCAAGGCUAGUUGGUGGGCCUGUAUGGAUGAGUAUGUGAAGAGCGGGGACCUCCUGGAAGCUAAGGCGGCGGUGGACAAGGCCAUCUUCAUUGAGAACAAAGACGUGGUGAAAGAGCGGUUGCUUACCAGGCAGCCUCGACCUGGUGUUUGGGAGCUGAUGAAGGAACUCGCCCUCAACCGGAGGGCCCGGAAGCGCCUACUACGAGCGGAGGCGUGGAUUCUGCGAUGGGACCCUCCUACUGUGGAAAGAUCCAGGGAGGCGGUGAAGCACCUCUCCUUUUUGGGAGGCCAUGUGUACAUCAACAUGAACACUUUGUUGGUGGACAAUGAGUUCGCGGAUGUUUGGAAAGUGAUUCAGUGGGCGGCCUUCAAGGGCAUGAUCAGUGCAAUGGUGGUCAAGGACUGCCCCGGGAGACCGUGGGAUCAGCUUAUGGCACGCCCCCACCGCAGCAAGUUUCUUUUCCUUCAUGCCCUGGCGUCCGUGGCCAGGCAAGCAAAGGGCGGUGGAGCGGUCCGGAUGUAUGUCGAGGAUCUGGAUCGAAAGAACAAAGCUUGUGGAUGUUCUUCUGAGGAUGGGAAGUCAGGAUGGCCAGCGUGGUCGCAACAGAAGGACGUUGAGGAGUACAUGAGUGAGAUGGGUUUGGUGGACGUGUCCAUACAACGCUUCACUGGUGAACGCCAUGUACGAUUGGCCAAGAUGAGCAGUGACGCGGCUUGGAGACUUCAUGUGGCCCGGAACCACCAGCCUUUUCGGAGAGAUUGUGCGGUUUGUGUUCGAAAUAGUGCAGCUGGGCAUCAGCACCGCGCUACGGCGCAUCCGAUGGCCUAUAGCCUGAGUGUGGACGUUGUGGGUCCUCUCAAGGGAUACGGUCGCUCUCCGGAUGGAAAGUUUUUCAAGUACUUUGUCAUCGGUGCCUUCAGGAUUCCUAAGGUUGAUGGCGGCCAUGGUCAUGGUGAAGUUCAAGGCUAUCCUCUACCACCCGGUGAUCCAGAUGAGGAGGAGCAAUGGCUCUCUGAGGACGAAGGAGAUCCUGGAGGUGAUGGCGGAGAGGCCGGAGGCGUAACUCCCGAUGAUGUUGAAGAUGAAAAGAAGAAGUGGGAGGACCUCAAGGCUACGUUCAAAGAGCCCAUUCAAACAACCACCCUCUACUUUGCGAUCCCGGUGAACAACAAGAAGGCCGCAACAAUGCUUCCUGCGGUCCAGAGGAUCGUGGCGGAUGUGAAAUCCCUGGGCUUCCCGGUCACCCGUAUGCAUUCUGAUCGUGGUGGUGAAUUCAGGGGCCAUCUGGUGAGAAAGUGGGCGUUGGCACAAGGGAUGUGGCCUACUACGACUUCGGGGUCAGAUUCGGCUGCAAACGGUGUGGCGGAGUCAGGUGUCCGAUACCUGAAAAGGAGAGCCAGGAUUCUUCUUGAUGGUUCCCAUGUUUCCAAGGAAAACUGGCCCACGGCGGUCCAGUAUGCGGCGGCACAACAAAGAGCCGAAGCCCUUGGGAGCCUGCCUUCAAUGCCGGUCGCCUAUGGGACCAAGGUGUAUGUCAAGACAAAGCGGUACAAGACUGGCGCGGUGGAGGACUUCGGUCCUCAUUGGACCCAAGGGCGCUAUGUGGGCCCAUCCACGGAUAUCAGGGGCGGGCACGUCAUCUUGAAAAGCUCUGGGACGUUCAUCCAAACCACACAUGUGCGAGUGACCCGAGAUCCUCCAGCCCUAGAUGAGGUUGCCCCCACCGUGAUUGUGGAGUCUGAUCACGAUGAUCCUCCUGGUGAGGAACCUCCUCUACCACCUCCUCUACUACCACCACCUGCCCAUCGGAUGAGGUCGAAAGGACCUAGUGCGGCCCGGUUGGAUGGCUUCUACGAGGACUUCGAGGACUAUGGCACCAUCAAAUGCGACGAGAGUUCGUUUGAGGAGGAGACGCACGGGAUCAAGUACCUCCGGGUCGGGGAGAUUGAGUAUGUUGAGGGUGUGGCAAGAAGGAUGUGCGAGAGAGGGACCUUUACGGAGCGCGAGUCGGCCAAGUUGCUGUCGCUCUUUGCUGGCACGUGUGGAAAUCUUAAGGUUCCAAGGGCUCCCGCGGGCACCGGAAUGAUCCUUGGCGCCUUUGUUCACGGAGGUUCAUUUGGCGUGACGCGGUAUGGACGUGAUCUCCCAUGGGUGACCCAGUUCUUCAAUGCCUUCAUGAUGAAGAAGAUUCGGAAAAAUUGGCCCACACUGGCGUGUUCAUGGACUACUUUGGCAAUCCAGGCGGCAACGGAGAUCCCUCGUCACCGAGAUCUUCAUAAUGAGCGAGGCAGUUACAACUAUGCCCUGGAGCUGAAGACUGAGUCCGUUGAGGGACUUUGGGUUCAAGAUCAUGGUAUGGAAAGACCUGUUGUUGGCGGGACCCAUGCUCAGGACUACCAGUACAAGGAUGCCGAUGGCCGGGUUCAUGAGGGCUGUGUGGUGAAGAUUGAUGAGAAGCCGGCGGUGUUUGAUCCGUUGGUUCACCAUGCCUUUGUGGAUGAAGGAGGCAUGAGGUGGUUUCUUUCAGCGUAUACUCCCCAGGGCGCCUACAAGCUGGGUGAAAAGGACCAACAGUAUUUGUCUUCUCUCAAGUUUCCCCUUGCCAAUGAAGGUCGUGAUGAUGUUGGCUCUGACGGGGCGCUGGAAACCAGACCGGCACUAAAGGCGGUGACCUUCCCUUCCCCAACGACGUGGAGCCGAGCUCACGGUGUUGAAGGUGAUGAUGUGGAAGCUGCUACUGUUGGAGAGUGCGAAGCUACUUUGUGGGAUUGGGCUUUGUAUGUUGAAGACGACUUGGUUGAGGAGGAGGCGGAUGCUGUGAUGUGGGGUCCUACGAGGCUGAAGAGAGUGUGCAGUUCCGAUGAUCCGGGUUUAGAGACCGAGGGUCUGUUGAGAACUUUGGAGUUGCUGUCUGAUGAGGAGAUUGAUGGAAGGCUCCAAAUGGAUUUGGCGCAGAGCGCCGAACAUUGUGCGGCAUUCGGGCUGCACGACCAGCCCCGCUUGGCAAAGCUUGAGCCUGAGUAUGUGGAGGACAUCGAGGGGAUCAUCAAGAAUGCAGUCGACACCCGGACGCCGCUGCGACACACGUAUAAUGUGAGCCCUCAAGAUGCCAAGAAGGAGAUUGACAAGUGGAAGCCAGCUAUCGCUAAGGAGGUCGGGGUGAUUGAGAAAGGGUUUGUCAGGAUUCAUGCGAAUGACAUUCCAAGCCUCAAGGCCAAGUAUGCGGUUCAGGAGCUCCCCUCUAAGCUGGUGUACACCGUGAAGCCCCCGGCCGAGGACACAGGUGAUGGUUCAGAAGCGUCCUGCUGUAAGCGAAAGGCUCGUAUAGUGUGUUGCGGAAACUAUGCUGAUGAGGAACAGAACGAUCUGUUCGCUGGUGGUGCCGCAGCUGAGAGCCUUCGCUGCUCAUUGACAUAUGCUGUUCACCGCCGAUGGCGCUCGGGCAUCGUUGAUAUCACAGGAGCGUUUAUGUUGACUCCGCUGGAGCGGAGAGAGGGCCAGACAGUCUACAUCAUAAGGCCCCCGGCGGUGUUGAUCCAGCUGGGAUUGGCGGAACCCCACGAGCGGUGGAUGUUGACGCAUGGAAUGUACGGCCUACGACAGUCGCCCAAGUUGUGGGCAUCCUACCGUGAUGGCUCUCUUUCGAGCCUGGAGAUUGAGGCGGAGGAGAAGAUUUGGACCCUGAAACAGGGUCAGGCCGAGCCAAACCUUUGGCUGGUCUAUGAAGUGGGUUCGCCUGUGGAUGCCUCUCCCGAGGCACUCGUCCUUGUCUAUGUGGACGAUAUUUUGAUUGCUGGACCUCUGUGGCUCCUCCGUGCGAUUGCUGGUGCUAUUGGCCGUAAAUGGAAGAUUUCUGAGCUGGAUGUUUUGUCAGCAGAACACAACAUACGGUUUCUUGGAUGUGAGAUUGUUACCAAUGAACCAAUGACGGCCAUCUUUGUGCACCAGCAACCCUAUAUCGAGGAGAUCCUUCGGCUCCACGAGAUCUCUCCCGCAGAGCAGUCGUUGAUCCAGGCUCCGCGCGAGACCGUGACCUUUGAAGCCUUUGAGGAUCGGAUGAACAGAUCCGACAAGCUCAGCGGAUCUGCGGUGAGCUACUUUGGUUGGCUCAGCGAAGCCGCCCGGACUUGA